CCUUAACAAUGAAGAUGGAGAGUAUGCGGUGGCCCACUCUUCUAAGGAAUCACCUCAUUUAAAAUCAGUACAAGAGAAAACCGAGGCUUCAUACCCAAUGUCAGAAGCUCGAAUGCUUGUUCCUUCAUUAGAAGGAGCUUUUUUGAAGUUUCUUGUACAGAUAAGUAAAGCUACAAGGGUACUGGAGAUUGGAACUUUUACAGGUUAUUCAGCGUUGUGGAUGGCUGAAUGUCUACAAGGACGAGGAUCAGAAGCCAAAAUAGUCACGUUGGAAAAGAACGAAAAGUCUUUUAAGAUGGCAAAAGAGAACAUUGAGUCUUCUGAACUUGGACACCUGAUUGAGAUGAAGCUUGGCGAUGCAAGAGAGACACUUUUAAAUUUUAAUAAUUCGGUAAAAUUCGACCUAGUAUUUAUUGAUGCUGACAAAGCCAAUUAUAUCAAUUAUUAUAAUACUGUUCUCGAGCGAAAUCUUCUUUCGGAUAAUGGAUUUAUCGUUGCUGAUAAUGCUUUGUUCGGAGGAUAUGUAUCACAAGUGGCUAAAGGAAAAGACCUCUCUCAUGCUCCCGAUCGUGAUGUAAAAUGUGCCAAACUAAUGCAUGCAUUUAACGAAUAUGUCAUUAAUGACCAGCGAACUACAAAGAUUCUUUUGCCGUGCUUUGAUGGAGUCAUGCUUAUUCAAAAAAAGGAAUAA